UUCGCUGGGCAGGCGGGCUUAUGCUCGCGGCUACACAGCAAGCAGGUGACGACUAGUCGGAGUAACAAAGGAACAAAGUUUCCGGGCGUGUCCGUGACGGCUUGUCGACUGGACAUCAGGGCUGGGGGUGACGGAUGCGGGCUGUCCGACCUCCUCCUCCCCCCCCCCCCUACUUCAUCACCGAGCUGGGGUCGGCGUGGCGCAGGUGCUGGGUGCUCGCGGACAAUCAAGGCCACGCCGGAACCAGCGGCCGCCCAGAGCAACCCGGAAAUGACGCGCGCGGGCCUAGCCGACGUCCGGGUGGCGGUGGGCGUGGCCAGGGGUGGCUACGCCCUUCUGGUGCUGGCGCUGCUCUGCUCCUGCGUGGUGCCAUCCUCGGGCAUCAGCUGCUACAUGUGCGGCCAGUACACGGACGGAGUGGGCUCCAUCACGCCGUGCCUCAACCUCACGGCGGCGAACCUCAAAGAGUGCCCGGAGAGCGCGAACUUCUGCAUCAAAUACGUGAGCGAAGGCAGUGUGGUGCGAGACUGUGUAGAGCAGUGCACGGAAAAGGAAGCCUGGGGCACGAAGCAGUACUGCUGCGCGGAGCACGGCUGCAACUCCGCGCCCCGCCGCAGCCAGUCCGCGGCGCUGCUGUCGCUGCUCGCCGCCUGCCUGUGGCGGCUGCGCGCCGCCGUCUAACCGCCCCCGGACCCGCGCCGCCCCCCGACAACCCGGCGACCUCGCCGCCCCUCGACACGCAGAGCGACAACAACAACAAAUUUUUAACACUUAACGUACAUCAAGACACCUUUGUAAACAACAGAUAAAUGGUAAAAAAAAAAAACUAAAUCGAGCGUUGCUGGAAAGAAAAAGAAAAGGAUUCAUAAAGUGUUAUCAGUCCCCCCCCCCCCCCCUCAUAUUUCUUUUUCUUCUUCCGUACGCAACGUUCGUUGAAUUUAAAUUACCUCAAACGUUACAAAGUCAAAAAUUUUUGUUGAAAAUAAUAAUUCAUUUAAGGUUUUUUCAAGCUGGCAUUGUGUAUGAUAUAUGACCCUGCGGAAGAUAUUUAAAAAAAAAAAAAAGGAAGGACUGUUUGAACAGGAAUUCCUUGUUUUUUUUAAUCCUUUGAUUAUAUAAUUAAACACAUCAAUAGUUUUAAAAAAAUACUCAUUUUAGAAAGGAAUUAAUUUUUGCUUGUCCAAGUUGAGUGAAAUCUGUUAAAAAUAAGAAUUAAUCUUAGUUUAGCAGUAAUUACUUAUGUUGCUGCGGUUUUUAAAUUAAAAGACUGUCUGGUUUUCCAAGUUCGUUAACCAUUUUAAUGACAUUGCGUUUUUAUGUCUUUGCUUGCACUUUGCAAGGUAAUGUUUCACGAAAUGUUUCAAUAGUACAGAUAAUUAUUUUAUCUUUACAAAUCUUUCAUUAACUUCUCGACCUGUGAAAUCGUUCUAAAAAUAAUUGGCAGGGUCAAGUAAAAUUGUCUGUCAUGCUUUUAUUAUAAACCAUGUGAUAUAAAAAUUAUUCCAACCUUAGCAGUCUUAAAGCAAUUGCAGGCUAACUUUACAAAAAAAAUAAAAUUGUGAAACGAGGUUAUUCUUAUCAGUUUUACAUUACCAAAAAUAAUUAAUUUCAUUAAUGAAUUUUUUACAAUACAUCUGAUUUAUGUUUUUUAUCUCCGUUCGUGAAAUAAUUUUUUAUUGUGAUGUGAAUAAAUAACAGUAACUCUUGACCAUUAAGUAUAAAACCAAUUAUUUUACACAAGCAAUUAAAAAUAUUUUUUACUACUCCAAGAGGACGAGUUAUAAUCCUAUUAUUAAUUUUAAUGAGAUUAUCAAGCAUUAUUUUUAGGAUGGUACGAAAAAUUAACACUCUUCAUGCAAUAUAUUUCAAUAAUUAUAUUGUUUGUUCUUGCCAGUCUUUAUUAUUAUGAUUUUUUUUAAGUUGUUAAAUUGUAUUGUUAUUAUUGAAGUUUACUGCAGCUCGUUUGCAAAUGAAUAGACAUAACCGUCAAAGCUUUGUUACAUAUCAUAACCGAGUUUGCCAGUUAAAAUAAAAACCAUCUAUUAUUAUUUACAUUAGUCUAUAUUAAUGAAAAUAUGAAUAGUUAUAUUACAUAUUUAAUGUAUCUUUACACUAUUAUAGCAAAUAAAAUUUAUUGGCAUCAGUAAUUUUCAAUACAUAUAAUUUAAGCACAUUUUCAUUACACAAGUGAUAAUUUAACAAUUUUUUUUCUGUUGUGAAUGGAAAAGUGUAUUCAAGAAACAAAUAACUCCUAUCCAAAAAAUAAUUAGAGGACUAUUAAAUUACACAAUUUUGAAAAUUGUAAAAAAUGUUAACUUUUUAUUUUCUUUUUUUCUAAAUCA